ACAACCGGGACGAGGAUUACCCUGACGACUUUGAACAGGACCAGCAAGAUGGUGACAGUAAGCAUGGGUCAAGGUCAAAUUCAAGGUUAUCUAAAAGGCAGAGCACUGAAUCAAAGCCAGAGGAAAGUCCUGUAGUGGACGCAGAGGACAAGGAAGACAAAGAAGACAAGCCAACAAAAACACCAAGCCCUGAGCACCCACAGUCUGUCACCAAAACAAAGUCUACCACGAGUAAACAGAAAGAAAGUAAGAAAGGCUCCACUAGCAGAAAGGUGAGCAAGGAAUCUCAGAAGUCCACAAAAAGUAGUCAGACUAACAGAGGCGAACCACAGAAGAAGACCUCAAAGUCUUCCCUCAAAGGAAAGUCCAGCCCUCCAGCAAAGAGGAAAUCCACCCAAGAAAAGAGGGUGUCAGUUGACAAGAAGGAAGGUGCACAGGACAACUCAAAGAGGGAGGACACAGAUGAUGAUGACAAUGAUGAGAUAAGGAAAGUUUCAGAGGCCAACUCAAAGUCUGACUUGUUUGAAAGUGAUGACAAAAAAGAUGAUACUGAAACUAAAGCAACAGGAAAGGCAGAAAAGAAGUCUUCUAAAGAGGAACAGAAAAAGAAAAAAUCCUCUGCAAGUCCUUAUGUUCAGAGUACAAAAAAGACCUCAAAUAGCAGCACUAAAAGUAAGAAAACCUCUUCAUCAAGUAAUGAAAAAGUGGAGAAGACCAAACAAGAGGAAGAGGGAAAAGAGGAUGCGUCUGAUAGCAAGAAGGAGGAUUUGAAUGUAGAUGCCACAGAGGAAAAGGAAAAGGAGUCUGGAAAAGAACAUAAAGAGGAAAAGGAUAAAGAGGAAACACCAGAACAAGGAAAAUCAGAUAAUAAUGUAGAGGAAGGAUCAAAGGACACUGAAGGAAAGGAAAUUAGCGGUGAUCAAAAUGUAACAACUAAUUCUGCUAUAGAUUUCAAGUUACCCACAGCUGCCAGGUCUAGUCCCCGGCCCCCCGCUAGUCCUCGCCCACGUUCAGUCAGCAUCAGGGACCCGCCCGAGUCUGAAGCGGGGUCAAAGGGAGGUCACGAGGAGGCAGGAUCCAGGGGGAAUGUAUCACAUACCAAGAAAACCCCCUCCCCUGUGACCAGAAAAGGAAUCCAGAAGGGGAACAGUACGACCCAUAGUUCAGCGGGAAGUGUAAAGAGUGGUAAACCUGCAUCAGAAUCCGGGAAUCCCAAAGGUUGA